UCCGAUGAUCUCACAGAUGCUGCGUUGGCUUUUCGUAGAGAGUUAGAUACUUUUUUGGGCAGCUCUGUGCGGCUGUCUGAAAACAGAUUCACAGUUUUUGUCGGUAAAUACUUUUAUUUUAUCCGUAUUUUUUAUCACACGAGCUAAAUAACAGACCGUAUGAAGAUUUAUCACGCUUUUUCUUUUUAUUCAUCAGAUUCAGCUGAUCCUCACAGUGAUGUAUAACAGGAGUCGUGAAGUUGCGCGCGCGUUGCGUUUUUAAGGAUUCUCUGAGGGUUUUCAUUGUGUUGGGAUUUUAGAGGGGGUUUAAUGGUGUGGGGAACUGGGAAAUGUGCAGAAGACCCACGUUCUUUCUUCAGCACUUUAGGUAACCUCACUUUUAUUCCUUUUUUGGACUUUUUUUUGGGUUCGGUCAGUCAGUGGUGGGAAUGCAGCAGGAGCGUUUGCUGAAGGUGCUGGUGAUUGGGGAUCUAGGCGUGGGGAAAACAGCCAUAAUCAAGCGCUACGUUCACCAGGUCUUCUCCCAGCACUACAGAGCCACCAUCGGAGUGGACUUCGCCCUCAAAGUCCUCAACUGGGACCACAGGACAGUGAUUCGCCUGCAGCUGUGGGACAUCGCUGGACAGGAGCGCUAUGGCAACAUGACUCGUGUGUACUACCGGGAAGCUGUGGGGGCCCUGGUGGUAUUCGACAUGACACGAGCCUCCACUUUCCAGGCUGUGCUCAAAUGGAAAAUGGACCUGGAUUCUAAAGUUGCUCUAAAUAAUGGUCGGCCAGUUCCAGCUGUUCUGCUAGCAAACAAGUGUGACCAGCAGAAGCAGGGCCUGUGUGCCAGACUCCCCAAACUGGACACCUUCUCCAGAGACCACGGCUUCGUCGGCUGGUACGAGACUUCAGCAAAGGACAACACAAACAUUGAUGCAGCGAUCAUGUGUCUGGUGGAGAACAUCCUGGCGAGUGAUGUGGAGAACACUGCUGUGGACUCGGACCCUAGUCUGUUGGUCUUGCCGUCGUUUGACUACAACCUGCGUGAGCGUUCUGGUCCUGGCUGCUCUGCCUGCUCCAGACGGCGCUCCACUCCCAGAGACAACAGUGAUUUCUAAUUACGUUAAUCUGUGUAAAUACACUCCGUAUACACAGUGGAUUUGAAGAUAACACUAAUGCUAAUAAUAAUAAUUGUUGUCAGGACUGCAAACCAGUUUAAUGAAUGACUAGACUAUGUGCUAGUUAGCCUUCAACCUCCUGGUGUUGGGGGCAUCAUUUGUGAUAGGGCGAGUAUAUAAAAAAAUAUAUGAGGCUCUAUAACAUAAAGCAGUAUUAUGCAAAAAUUUGUAUUUCUCUCAUGGUACAUGUGCAUUUUACAAUCUAUGAGAAUAAGAACUGGCACUGUAAAUGAAAAAAAGAGGAAUAAGGAUACAUAUGCAGAAUAGAGUGAUAUUGUACUGGAUUUUACACUAUGACAUUGGUUUCCCAUAAUUAUGCAGUUCUCGUGAGUCUUGAGCAGAUUCACCAAAGUUACAUAGUGCAGUACCAGUAUUCUGGGUCAGAUGAGAGAAAUACCAUUCUCCCUAUUACAGUCAAUGAAGUAUCAGCUAAAUUUUUAGAAGAAUCAGUUUUUAUACAUGUUUGUUUUAACUAUGUUAGAAUGUGUAUGCUGUGGUUGGUACUCCAGAGCAGAAUAUGUGCAAAUGUCUUUUGCAAAGGUUAAAAGUUAGGUUUAUAAACUUUUAUUAUGUCUACUAUUAUUACAUGUAUAAUGUAUCUGGUAAUGUGUAGCUUCUAAUAUUAGCUCUCUGUUAUCUACCGAAUGUGCCUAAACAUAUUUAAACAUCUUAUAAUGUAUAUAUGUAUGUUUUUCAACAGAGCUUACCAGCAUACCAGAAGAUAAAGCCUUUUUAUGAAUAAAUAGAACUUUUUAUUUUUUCCAUUUUGUAAGCUUCAGCUUGACACAAAUAGGAACUAUUUUUAACUGUGAGUGCUGUGGCCUUCUGGUUUUGUUGCACUCAGCCACAGCAGACUUCUGUUGAGGAAGAUUUGACCAAAGCAUGAAUACUUGUGCCAAAAACGAUGUCAUCAGUAUAAAAUGCUGUGUACAGCAGAGUUGACGCUCAACACUGGUCUCAUAGAUACACUGCAAUUCAUCAGCUGUGUGGGAAAUGUGUUUGUGUUAUAGCUGCUUUUCCUUUUACAGAGUGCUUGUAUGUAUGUGUGUGUGUGUGUGUGUGUGUAUCUGCAUAUAUCUGAUUUUGAAGAUGAAAUUGUACAUGAAUCUGAACUGUUAAUAGUGCGUGUGUAUCUGUUGAGCAGGUGCGUGCCUGGUGUUUAAAUGUGUCCCAGGCUGUUGGUGCUGCUUAUCUGAAUAGUAAAAGUGCUCUGGGGAAUCUG